AAUUUCUAAAAAUGUAUGUACCGUAUAAGAUUUAAGCACACCCAAAAAAAACUUGUUUAAGCACACACUUUGCACCGCUAUGCCAAAGGAGGUGCUAUACCCAUGAAUUCAAGAUUUUUCUCUUCUUUUUUUUUUUGCAUUUUUCGCCUUGUGACUCCUGAACUUCUUAGACUUCAUUUCUCAUUCGUCUUAUCCCCAUUCAAACUGCAGGAGAACUGGAAGCAGAAGAGGAAAGUGGAUUUUUUUUUCAAUCCAAUCCAUUUCGGCAAUAUCUAGGGUUUGGAUACUGCAAAAAUGGCUACGUUUGUUCUCCCACUCGGACCCAAGAUAACCCUAUCACCAUUUCCGUUCCGAACUAGAACCCUAUCCCCAAUUUCCACCCGAACCCAUCUCGGGAACCUUCUCACUCAAAAGCCCUUUCUGCGGGGCACGCUGGGUGUUACCCGGUUCGGACUUGGGCAGGGUCCGUUUCAAGAACCGGAAGAUGCAGCCUUACUCAUGAAGAGCUUGUAUGAUCGAGUGGAAGGAUUCUUGUAUACUGUCGCGGAUGCGGCUGUUUCAGCUUCACCGGAUGUGGGUACGGCUGCUACUACUGCAGAGACUGCUAAACAGAAUAGUGACUGGCUUUCUGGAAUUACCAAUACGAUGGAGACUGUUUUGAAGGUGUUGAAGGAUGGGCUUUCGACUCUUCAUGUGCCCUAUGCUUAUGGAUUUGCAAUUAUACUGCUCACAGUACUAGUAAAGACUGCAACUUUUCCUCUGACUAAGAAACAGGUGGAAUCUGCAAUGGCAAUGAAAAGUUUGGCCCCUCAAAUAAAAGCUAUUCAGGAACGUUAUGCUGGUGAUCAAGAGAGAAUACAAAUUGAAACUGCGCGUUUAUAUAAAUUGGCUGGCAUAAACCCAUUGGCAGGGUGUCUGCCAACACUUGCUACUAUUCCUAUAUGGAUUGGGCUCUAUAGAGCCCUCUCUAAUGUGGCCAAUGAGGGACUUCUUACUGAAGGAUUCUUCUGGAUACCAUCACUGGCUGGACCGACAACUAUCGCUUCUCGUUCAGGCACCUCUUGGCUUUUUCCUUUUUUUGAUGGGCAACCCCCUCUUGGGUGGCCAGAUACUUUGGCUUAUCUAGUCUUGCCUGUGCUGCUGGUUAUCUCCCAAUACAUCUCCAUACAAAUCAUGCAACCAUCGCAGAGCAAUGAUCCAAACCUGAAGACCUCCCAAGCCAUAACCAAGUUUCUACCCUUGUUGUUUGGUUAUUUUUCCCUUUCGGUACCUUCUGGUCUAAGCUUGUACUGGCUCACAAACAACAUAUUAAGCACUGGUCAGCAGGUCUGGCUUCAGAAGUUGGGGGGUGCUAAAAAUCCUAUAAAGGAAUUAAGUGGUGAUGCUAUUGGGAAAAACCAACCCAAUAUAAUAGAGUCCCUCUCUGAAGCACCCACAGCUCCUCAGAAAGAAGAAACAACAACCAGUUCAGGAGGGCUUCGUCCUGGUGAAAGGUUUAAGAAGUUAAAGGAAGAGGAAGCAAGAGCAAAACGGGAAAAGGAAGAAGCAAAAAGGAUGGCUGAAGAGGCAGCAGCGGCAACUCAUAUAGGAUCUAAUCUGUCCACUGUAGAAAAUGAGGACGCGCCUACCAUAGCUGAACAGGGAAAAGAUAACAUAUCGCAUAAUGAAGAAUCGGGGUCUAACAAUACCAACAUUUCUCAUUUGGAUAGUGUUAGGGGUGUGAAUGGUGAAACAGCUACUCCCACACCCAACGGAGAUGAUCAAAGCUCCAGGAAUCUUCGUGAAUUAAGCAAGGCUACAACUGGUUCUAGUAGUGAAGAAGAUUGCUGAGAACUGCUUCAAGAGUCAGGACAGAUAGGAGUGAGGGUUUGUGAAAUCCUCAGCCGAAGGCCUAUAGUUGAUAUGUUGUGGCUGCAGCUGGCAUGAUUGCGAGGGUGUUAUCCAGUCGUUGCAAAUUUUGAGACACGACUUGUAAAUAAUAAUUGUUGUAAUGGAUGAGUACGAGCGUCGUUGGAUAGGACUUAUUAAUAUUUUUUUGGAAAUUAAUAUUUUUAGAGUUUAUAAUAGAAUCGGAAUAAAAUAUUAAAAGUUACAAAUUCUCAGUAUUAACACUGAAAGUGUAAAGUAUGUAUUAGUUUGAACAAAAUGCAUGACUCAGAGAAUGACGAAAUGUGAUAUACUCAUGAUAG